ACUUCGGAUCGCACCGUAAACUAAUGUCUCGCCAAUAGGAGAAAUCCGACUCCUACAGCCUGAAUAGCAGUGGGUGGCAACUUCAGGGACUACGGCGGAAUCUCUUAAUUAAGAGGUACUACCAAACCAUACGCUUAGACACAAUGAGCCGCCUCCACGAGCCGAUCUUUAUGGCGAAAUUCGCAGAUCCAAGAUAAACAGGUAGGCUUCUAGACCGCGAGGUCAUCCCCAUAGGUAAGCUCGUAUGAUACGUAGAUCGCAAACAGUCGCACCCGAAAAUCUCCCCCUAUCUACACUAUCUAGACCCUUCUCUUCGAGCCCGAGCAAGGCUCAAUAAGUACCACAAGGCCAUAAAUAUCAAGAUGAAACCCACGCCCGCGCUAAAUGCGGUCGGGCAGCUACACUACAUAAACUAGACCCAGUGAUCGUCGUCAGCAUUAGACAAGCUGACAAGGCGGAGGUGGCAAAAUCGCUAAAUAGUCAAGUGUACCACCAUCACCAAGAACCUUGACAAGAUGAGGUUGUUGUUCUUUUGCGCUAUAGCGACUGCGCUGGCCGCCGCUGGAAUAGCCGAGGCGCGGCUCUACCGUAUCGGUAUCCCGGACGCUAUCAAACCGGGCGAUAUGUUCAAUGCCACCAUCGAGCAGCUGGCGGGCAUCCCGCUACAGUACACCAUGCUCUGGGGCAUCGAGCGCUACGACGAGGAGUGGUCCGUGGCACCGCGCCCCGGGAGCUUGGGGCCUGUCCUGCUGGCCAACGGGAUUGUAGAUCUCCAGAAAGCAGUAGGAGACGGCUCCGUGAGUGGUAACACGUCCAUCGCCGGGCUCGUCGUUCCAGCAGGCUACAAGCUUGGCCCUGCGGCCAUCCAAGCCGUCAUCUUCGAGAUCGCGGGGCCCCUGAACUCGCCCAUCAUCGAGACUUGGUGGUGGAGCGUCGACAUUACCAACGCCAGCACGAGCGAGAGCUUGGUCUGGUCUAACUACGCCGACGAUAACAGCCGCAUCUGCCAGAUACCCUUCCAAUGACGGGAGGAGACACGUACUUCGGGCACGUAAGGGGUAGACGGAUGACGAAGCGCUGGCCUGGGCCUGGGGUAAUACGGGGAAGUCCAAUCCCCGAGAUGAACAUGCUGCCCGAUGGGAUCCUCUAGAGGUUACGUUUCACGUCGGGUCAUGCAUCAUGCAUGGCAUUAUAGAGAACCCCACGGGCUUUCCGAAGAACUACAGCAGCUAAUACGAUAGUCGCGGUUAGCUUACUUAUAGCAUGCAACUCAACUUGUCUCGCCAACGUUAUCAGGCCUAAAAGUUCAUAUUAUGAUUAACCAACCCAUGACGGCGUAGUAUUCCCAUUCAACGACCAUGGCUACGAAACUUGAAUCAACUAUCAUCGGGCUGGAUCAUAAAUGUUCAUGAGGAAACAAACGUAUUUUUUUUUCUUUUUCUUCUUUUUCUCCUUUUUCUCCUUUUUCUCCUUUUUCCGUAAAGUACACCUGAAAUGCUACAGGACAGGGCCAGUUAUGCGAAGAGACAUUAAGCUAUAGCAACAUUUUCAUAUUCCCCUUAACUCUCUUAACCAACAGAAGUGUUCGCCAAGUGCAAAACUUGAUAUUGAAUUAAGAAGAAAUUGGCGUCCGGAACGCCGCAGAGAUGCCAAAGUAAUCUGCCAGAAUGUUAGCCCUUGUCCUUAUACAAG